ACCAACACACGUAAUUAAUACGCCGGAAUUUGUAGAAGCAUCAACGACUAGCCUCCACACACACACACACACACACACACUGUUAUAGGCUUAAAGCGAUUGCAUAUAUAUAUAUGAAAUUAAAAAGCAUUUCUAUAUAACAUUUAGUUGCUCACUUCUGAAGAUAGGAAGGACAUACGUGCCUUCGAUCGCGGGAUAACCUGACGACGGAGAAACCUUUCCGGUAGUGUUAGGCCACCGGGGAGUUGGAUAGGGUUUGAACUUUGUUGAAUGGCGUCGGAGGAUGUGGUAAGGAAGAGCAGCGAUAGUGCGGUGUCUAAAAUCGUAAAUCUGGCCGAAGAAGCCAAAAUUGCUAGGGAAGGAGUCAAAACUCCGAGUCACGCUAUUCUUAGCAUCUGCAAAUCUCUCGUCGCCGGAGGCGUUGCCGGUGGAGUGUCACGAACAGCUGUUGCCCCAUUAGAACGGUUGAAAAUUUUGCUUCAGGUUCAGAAUCCGCAUAGCAUAAAAUACAGUGGAACAAUUCAAGGAUUGAAAUACAUAUGGAGAACAGAGGGUUUCCGAGGAAUGUUCAAAGGCAAUGGCACUAAUUGCGCUCGCAUUGUCCCAAACUCAGCUGUCAAGUUCUUUAGCUAUGAGGAAGCAUCCAAGGGAAUCUUAUGGUUAUAUCAGCAGCAACCUGGAAAAGAGGAUGCUGAACUCACUCCGCUUUUACGACUUGGAGCUGGAGCAUGUGCUGGAAUCAUUGCCAUGUCAGCGACUUACCCAAUGGACAUGGUACGAGGCCGGCUUACUGUACAGACAGAGAAGUCCCCUCGCCAUUACAGAGGAAUCUUCCAUGCCCUCACAACUGUUUUCCGUGAAGAGGGCCCUCGUGCUUUGUACAAGGGAUGGCUUCCUUCUGUCAUAGGAGUUAUACCGUACGUGGGUCUCAACUUCUCCGUGUAUGAAUCUUUAAAAGUUUGGUUGAUCAAAACUAAACCUUUUGGACUAGUUGAAGACUCUGAGUUGAGUGUGAUGACAAAGCUUGCAUGUGGGGCUGCUGCUGGAACUGUUGGCCAGACAGUUGCUUACCCUCUUGACGUCGUCCGACGAAGAAUGCAAAUGGUCGGCUGGAAAGAUGCUGCUUCAGUUGUUACUGGUGAUGGGAAGAGCAGGGCCCCACUUGAAUAUACUGGUAUGAUUGAUGCAUUCAGAAAAACAGUUCGCCAUGAGGGAUUUGGAGCAUUGUACAAGGGUUUGGUCCCCAAUUCGGUGAAGGUCGUCCCAUCCAUAGCAAUUGCGUUUGUGACGUAUGAGGUGGUAAAAGACAUUCUCGGAGUUGAGAUGAGGAUAUCUGAUUGAAACUAGUGGGAGGAAGUUCAGGUUCUUUCUUGUUCUUAUGUUUUAAUUUAGAAUGCAAAAAGAGAUGAGAUGGUAAACUAUAGGGAGGCUUUCUUUCUUUCUUUUUCUUUUUCUUUUUUGUAUUUUUAGUUUGUGAAUAUAUAUUAGGAGUCUGUACUAGCACAUGUUGAUAUAGUCCACCCCAUAUACACCCUCCUUUUCUCCGUCUGCCUUGUAGUUGUCAUUCAAUGCACUACCAGCACUGCCAAUAAGAAUUGAUCAAGCAGUGAGGCACUAGAGCCCUUAUAUUAGCUUGUGAAUUAUCUGUGUAAUAUGUUAUUAAUUUGUGAUAUGAUUGUUUGG